GUCGAGACGUGGCCGGCACGGCGCAGUGGGAGCGGCGGGAGGGCGGAGGAUGGCGGCGGUGCUGGGCUCGGACCGGCUCGAGGUGUCGGUGGACGGGCUGACACUGAGCCCCAACGCCGAGGCGCCGCGGGGCGAGGCGGGGCCGGAAGAGCCCGCGGCGGGACGGAACGGCGAGGAUCCCGGCUCGGCGGGGCAGGCGGAGGCCGGCGGCGCCGAGGAGGCGGUGCUGAGCCCGGAGCGGCGCUGGGGCUUCGCGCUGGAGGAGCUGUACGGCCUGGCGCUCCGGUUUUUUAAAGAAAAAGAUGGCAAAGCCUUUCAUCCAACUUAUGAAGAAAAGCUCAAACUUGUGGCACUGCACAAGCAGGUUCUGCUGGGACCUUACAAUGCUGACACUUGCCCUGAAGUUGGAUUCUUUGAUGUCCUGGGCAAUGAUAGAAGGAAGGAAUGGGCUGCCCUUGGAAACAUGUCAAAGCAAAAAGCUAUGACAGAAUUUGUUAAGCUCCUGAAUAGGUGCUGCCACUUGUUUUCAACAUAUGUCACUUCCCACAAGAUAGAGAAAGAAGAACAAGAAAAGAAAAGAAGAGAAGAGGAAGAACGAAGGCGGCGUGAAGAAGAGGAGCGUGAGCGUUUACAGAAAGAAGAAGAAAAACGUAGGCGAGAAGAAGAGGAAAGACUGAGAAGAGAAGAAGAAGAGAGGAGGAGAAUAGAGGAGGAACGUCUUCGGAUGGAACAGCAGAAGCAACAGAUAAUGGCAGCACUGAACUCUCAGACUGCUAUUCAGUUCCAGCAGUAUGCAGCCCAGCAGUAUCCCGGCAACUAUGAACAGCAGCAGAUCCUAAUUCGACAGCUCCAAGAACAACAUUAUCAACAAUACAUGCAGCAGUUGUAUCAAGUCCAGCUUGCACAGCAACAGGCAGCCUUACAAAAACAGCAGGACGCAGUUGUGGCUGCGACAGGGACACCUCUGACUGCUGCAUCAAAGGUGAAUGCACCUGCCUCAGGGGAAACCCCAUCGCUUAACGGGCAGGCCAAUGUGCAUGCAGACAGCCCUGAAAAAGAGCUGGAUGCAGAGGUUUUGGAAGAAGUACUGGAGAAUGGACCAAAAGAUUCUGUUCCAGUCAUAGCUGCCCCGUCAAUGUGGACACGGCCUCAGAUAAAAGACUUCAAGGAAAAAAUCCGACAGGAUGCAGACUCUGUGAUCACAGUGGGCCGAGGAGAAGUGGUUACAGUUAGAGUACCAACUCAUGAAGAGGGGUCUUACCUCUUUUGGGAGUUUGCUACAGACAAUUAUGACAUUGGUUUUGGGGUGUAUUUUGAAUGGACAGACUCCCCUAAUACAGCAGUCAGUGUGGCAUGUCAGAAUCCAGGUGACGAUGAGGAUGAAGAAGAAGAAAAUACUAGCAGUGAAGAAAAAAACAAAAAGAAUGCCAACAAGCCUCAGCUAGAUGAAAUAGUGCCUGUGUACAGACGAGACUGUCACGAAGAAGUGUAUGCUGGCAGCCACCAGUACCCAGGGAGAGGAGUUUAUCUUCUUAAAUUUGACAACUCCUACUCUCUAUGGAGGUCAAAAACAGUUUACUACAGAGUUUAUUAUACUAGAUAAAGGUGUGGCUGUGUCUGAGGCUGGGCUGUGCAGAAGAUGUCAUUUUAUUUGGAAUUUUCUUCAAGCAUAAUGGAUCUUUUUUGAGUCUGUGUUUUAUCCUGUCUGUAUCUGUAUGGUUUGUGUGAACUUUAACAAGUAGACACUGGGAUCUUCCUGCUCCAUGACACGAAUGCAUAUUGCAUUGGGCUUAACACAGGAUCUCCCUAGCCCUUUCCAGUAUUGGAGUUAACCAAUGGAAAUCAUCGGCUCCAGUGCUGAGGUCACAUCAGUUGCAUCUGUUAAAGCGCCAUGAAAAAGGGGGAGGGAGUUGCUGGCUCACUGGCUGAGUGAUCUGUUGUUUCCAGGUCUGGAGGCUUUGAAUAACUUGUUAACAGUUAAAGGUCCCAUCAAUAACUGGUAGAUUUGGAUGCAGCUUGCUGUGUAGGAAGUUUCUCGUAACUGUAGUUCAAUGUUAGAUUUUUACACCAUUAAAACUUGAAACUUUAAGUUGAUGCAGUGUAGAAACAAGUUGUCUUGCUUCUGUCCUGAUCAAAGAAGAAGAAACGUUUGGUUCCUUAAACCAGUGUAGUGGCUAAUACAAGAAUGACCAGCAUCCUGAAAAUACAGCAAAUAACCUCUUCUGAAGAUGUAAACCGAAUAACAAAAGUAUAUUCAACACGAAGAACCUUAAUCUCUCUGCCCUGCUGCUAAACUUAGAAUAAAAAAAAAAAUAAUUAAUUUUUGAGGCAUUGUCUUUGAGGUGGGGCACAAACUAUUUCUGUUUGGUGGGUUUUUAAUGGCGUAGACUUUAAAAAAAUCUACAAAACUGAAAACAAUUUUCGGCAAAAUAUUCUAGUUUGUCUGUUUGUGUAAAACCUGAGUAGCUCAUUGCGCAUCUGAAGAGCCGGUAAGUCACUUUGAUAAAGUAUAGGAGUUAAUGUUGCACUAAUUAUGGAAAUAACUGCCAGUCCAUUUUAGUCUGAACUAGUGAUACUUAGGUGCAGACUUUCUUCUUUAAUUUGUAAGUGUCUGCAGAAAGGCAGAGUGCACAUACAGAUACUUCGUAAUGUAGCUUUAAUCUCAGUUUCCUGUGGUUUGGUUGGGCAUUUCAUAUUUUGUAUAGUGGAGAAAUGCAGGUGGCUACUUGACUUGAGGCUGCAGUAAGGAUCUGCUUUUCUUGGAGCCCUGCACCCCAGGGGUGAUUUAUUGCAAUGACGACUUUCGUAAGUGCUCUCUGUAUGGCUUAUGCACUUUGUUACUG